AUGAAGCAGAAGGACAUCAGGCCGGCGCCAUCCCUCAUAGAGUACAAGAACAUGCGCUUCCUCAUCACAGAUCGCCCAUCGGACGUCACUAUCCAGUCCUAUCUUCAGGAGCUGCGCAAGCACAAGGUAUGCACGGUGGUGCGCGUGUGCGAGCCCAGCUACGACACGGCGCCGCUGCGCGCCGAGGGCAUCGAGGUGCGCGACCUGGCCUACGACGACGGCACCUUCCCACCAGCCAACGUCGUCGACGAGUGGUUCGAGAUACUGCGCGACAAGGCGCAGAACAAUCCCGAGGCAGCGGUGGCGGUGCACUGCGUGGCGGGGCUCGGCCGCGCGCCCGUCAUGGUCGCCAUCGCGCUCAUCGAGCUCGGCAUGAAGUACGAAGAGGCCGUCGAGACCAUACGCGAUCAACGUCGCGGCGCCAUCAACGCGAAGCAGCUCUCCUACUUGGAGAAGUAUAGGCCGAAGUCGCGGCUGAAGAAGAACGGCCACAAGAACUCGUGCUGCGUGCAGUAG